CCAUGGCGCUGAUGCCGGCGAGUGGGUGACGUUUUCCGGAUGUUUACAUCAGAUAUCAGAUGCUGUGUUGCUCUCUAGAAAAUCGUCUUUUUAUUGACAAAUUCCCCAAAGAAUGAGUGAUUUAGAAGUAUUAAUUAAGGUGCCAUUUCCAACAAAUCGACACGCAGAAAUUGCUUACGACGUUUUACGUCUAGACGCCGAACCAAAGCGAAAUCACGUGGAAAAGUCCCUCAUUGUUGAGGGAAACUGGCUUGUUGUUAAUUUUUCCGGAAACACAGCAAAGAGUUUAAGGACAGGCUUGACGUCCUUUCUCGACUCCCUGAUUCUCUGCUGUGAGACCAUGGAUGCCUUUGGACCCCCAUGUGAGAAGUACAGUCACUACUGA